AUGACGGAAGAGGCACGGAUGUCUGUGGAGUUGAAGGAGUCUGUACAACGAACGUAUGAUAAAGCAGUGAAGUCAAGACCUGAAAAUACUCAGCGUGCUUACGGGAAGCGUCAACAGGAGUUCAUGCAGUGGUGUACUGCGAAAGGAAGUGCUUUCAACGAAUUCACGCGGUUCACGGUGACUGGAGAAAAGUUGCAUCUCUUUUUGGAAGAGUGCGUCAUCGGAAGAGCAAAACGUCACCGUGGAUCACAAAAUCAAGACAGAAGAGAAGUCACAGUUGGGCGUUCGACAGUGAAUAGCUACGUCGCCGCGAUGGUUGACCUGUGGAAACAGCAAGCUAGGGCUAAAAUCAACAGCCAUCCUUCUCCAAGAGACGAUGCUGUUACCGCGUUGCUCAAGCUAACUCAGUCCGAAGAAGAUAAUUAUAAGAGGAAGAAUUACGAAGAUCGCGGUGCUGACACUCUUUUAGCUACACUGCAACAGAACAAAUUCAACAAUCACUACGCACUAAUGAGGGGAGAAUCAGUUAGAAUGCUGGAGCUGGCCGAUCUGCACUCUAUUCCGUUGGAGAACGAAGGCUACAAUCCCUGUCGAGCUUUGGUAAUGGUAAUGGGUCAAGGCAAAACCAACCAAGUUGGUCGUGUUGAAGUGGGUGCGUGUAUGCGUCACAAAAACGUGCGUUUAUGCGGUCAUGGUAUGCUGGCAAUUUACCUGUUUUGGCGCUGGCAUGUUGAUGGAGAAAAUUUUCCAGAUUUUACGUCCUCCUCUUGUUGGUAUGAUUUAAAGCCACUCAAGACAGGCAAGGAUCCUACUAAACCAAUGUCUUACAAAGUACACCACGACGCUAUUUCUUCGGCUUUAAAGUAUGCUGGCAUCCGUAGUAAAGCAAAAACCCACGUCGGUCGCGGUUCUGGAUCUCGGAUGGCCGAUCUGGGUGGAGCAAGUGAGUCGCAGAUUCGACGCUUGGGUCGUUGGAAUAAUCAAUCGAUGGAGAAGUACUACCUAACAUCGCUCCCUCGUGAAGCGAUGCGCACACUAGCCGGAUUUGACUCUAGCCGUGGAAGUUAUUUUGUUGCGCGAGCCUCCGCAGAACCCCCACAGUGUUUACUAAGGCAGAUCUUUCCGCAACUUGAGAUGUGGCAACAAGCUCUCGCUGAUGGAAACGCGGAGCAGUCUAUUGCUGCUGGUGGCAUUUUAGAUCUCCUUCAGUAUUUACGUACAGUGAUCCUGCAGUGUUCACCAUGACUUAAAGUCAUAUCUCGAGCAAAUCAAGGCUACUUUACGUGUUGUCGAGGGUACAGUUUGUGGAAUCAAGCAGAUCAUUGAACCAUUACAAAGCGGUUCCGCCUUACUGCAAGUCAAACUGGUACUGGGUUCACCGAUUGUAGCGACUAAUAGAUGUACGGAGACACUUUUGCAGCCUGUACCACGCACAGACACAGACACAGAUACAACCACAUCAGUCACUCCAGUUGCCCCUCAAUACAAGAUGCGCAGAGGCUUUGAAAGUGUAUCCGAGCUAUGGUCUUAGUGGACUGUUGGAGUGGAUGGAUGCACGCCUGUACGAGAGCUUGAGCAAAAAUACGGUACUAAAUGGUGUGAUGCGGAUGAACGGCGAUUCUUCAAUCGCAGACGAAAAAUUCUUGGUCUUGUUCAAACAAUGGUAGAAGAACUUCUUAAAAAUCACAACCGCGCGGAAAGCGUAGCAAGUGAAAUGGCUGUCCAAGCUAUAGAUGACUAUCGAAGAGGCAAGAGCAAGUCUCGUUGUUCUUCCCCUUAUUCAUCCAACCAACAAUCGCACUCUCAAUGAUUUCCAUA